AAGCAUGUACAGGAGAGUCACUGCGGCCAGAUGCAGAUGUUGCAUUCCUGCAGGUCCGUCAUGCGCGUGUCAGUGCAGGACAGAUGUGCUUCAUCACAGCUUCUCCAGGAGGAGUCUUCAUCUGAUCGCUCUCGGGCGGUGGGUCUGUAGCCCCGCCUCCUGCAGCUCAUCUAUAUUUAUAGGUUAUUGCUACAGUAGUCAGUCAGCCAGUGUAACAGUCAUCUGCUUUCACACCGGACUCAAACGCAUCUCAGGCUGUCAGUGGAGAUCCAGACAGGAGCAGCAUGACUGAGACUCACUCCGAGCCGACUCAAGACGCCGCGCCGACGGACGCGCUGAAUGCCGCGGACGCGCCGGAGGAGAAGCAGGAGAACGGCGGCUGUAAACUCUCGGAGAGCGAGGAGAAAGCGCCGGCGGAGUUCGAGCCCCCGGAGGGCGGCUGGGGGUGGGUGGUGAUGCUGGCCUCCAUGUGGUGCAACGGCUCGGUGUUCGGCAUCCAGAACGCGUUCGGGAUCUUGUUUGUGUCGCUGCUGAAAGAGUUCGGCUCCGAGCACGACGACGACCUCCGCUUCAAAACAGCAUGGGUCGGCUCUCUCUCGAUGGGCAUGAUCUUCUUCUGCUCUCCGAUCGUCAGUGUGUUCACCGAUCUGCUCGGGUGCCGGAUCACGGCUGUUGGAGGGGCUGCGGUGGCGGUCGUGGGACUUUUGGCCAGUUCCUUCGUCACGUCUCUCGGGCCAUUAUACUUCACCUAUGGCAUAGUCUUUGCAUGCGGCUGCAGUUUUGCGUAUCAGCCGAGUCUGGUGAUCCUGGGUCACUACUUCAAGCGGAGACUGGGCCUGGUGAACGGCAUCGUGACGGCGGGCAGCAGCGUCUUCACCAUCACGCUCCCGUAUAUGCUGUCAGGCCUGCUGGAACGCAUAGGGCUCUACCACACGCUGCGUGUGCUGGCCAUCUUCAUGUUCAUCCUCAUGCUGGCGGGACUGACCUACAGACCCCUCCUUCCCAAACCCGUCAGCAGCAGCAAGUCAGGCAGCCGCUGUCCCGCGCCCAACAAGGUGUUUAACGUACACAUCUGGAGGUCUCUUGGAUACCGCAUAUGGGCCUUUGGGAUCCCUGCGGCCCUGUACGGAUACUUUGUGCCUUAUGUUCAUCUGAUGAAGCAUGUAGAGGAGCGCUUUGGAGUGGAGGCUAACAAAGAGGUUCUGCUCAUGUGUAUCGGCAUCACGUCUGGAGUGGGUCGUCUCAUCUUCGGCAGAGUGGCGGACUAUGUGCCCGGAGUCAACAAAAUCUUCCUGCAGGUGUCUUCGUUCAUGGUGAUCGGCGUGAUGUCCAUGAUGAUUCCUCUGUGUCAUGUGUUCGGCGGGCUGAUCGCCGUGUGUCUGCUCAUGGGCCUGUUCGACGGCUGCUUCAUCUGCAUCAUGGCUCCCAUCGCUUUUGAGUUGGUCGGCUCCCAAAACGUGUCGCAGGCCAUCGGCUUCCUCCUGGGCAUGAUGUCCAUCCCCAUGACUGUCGGGCCGCCCAUUGCAGGGUUCCUGAGAGACCGUCUGGGCGACUAUAACGUGGCGUUUUACCUGGCUGGCAUUCCUCCGCUCAUCGGCGGGGCCGUGCUGUGUGUGAUCCCGUGGGUGGAGGCCCGGAGGAAGAGGAAAGAGGCCGAAGCCGCGGCCGAAACCACAGAGAAGAUGCUGGAGCACAAGAUCGGCGCACAGGACGACAAGGACGCCAAGACCGAAGACCCUGAAUCUGUCAUCUGAGGAACCUGCGGGUCAGACAUUCACAGCGCAGAGACUGACAGACGUGUGUGUUCAGAGGGUUUAUGUGAUUUUAUAUCCCUGCAGGAACUGCCAUCAAACAGGGCUUCUACGUGAAUGUGAUUCUUGAGCUAUGCAUCUUUCAGAAAGUUUCCUAUAAUAUUUUUGUACUGAACUUUUAGGGUUUAAAAGGGAAAUGGUGUAACAUGAACAAUCAUUCAUGAAGAAGGGAAGCCCUGAAACCUUCAUCCUGAGAGGAGAUUCAUAGGAUCUUAUUGUAUGUUUCCUUUAUUCUUAUAAUCUAGCAUCAGACUAUAAUAUUAAUGAUAUUGUUUUAAAUGGGAAAGUCAGCCAUAUGUAUUCAUUUCUUCCUGUUCUGGAAUGAUUUGAAGGAUGUUUUUGCAGAUGAGCGCUUUAUAAGAGAUGCCAUGAGUAAUAUGCAAUUAUCUAAGAUAUAUUUCCAAUAACAUUGAGGAAACUUUGAUGUGAAGUGCGGAUAGAAAUGAUCAUACAAGCAAAGUGAGUCUGUUAAAGUGCCUUGUUUUGGUCUGAUGAAGGUGUCGAAGCGUCCCAGUGUUCUCCUCGAGCGAAGAGUGUUUUAUGGCAUCUGUGUUUGAUCAUUUACAUGUGCAGAUAUCGGCAUAUUAGUAUUGAAAUGAACUGGGAUUGUUUUCUAUGCAGUGAAGUUGAAAUGUUUUUAUUUUUUUUUUUUUAUCAGUGCUAUAGAAUCUGUAGUGUUCAUUGGUUAGAUUGAGCCAAUUUUUGCCAUUUUGAUCUCAGAGUUUUCCACUGCCAUCGAGGCCUUGCCUGAAAAAUGAAGCACGUAUGCAGAAUCAUUUUAUUUUAUCGCUUUUUAGUAUGAAUGUCCUCUGAUUCCUAGUCACAGACGUGACACAUAUGGCAGCGUGUUUCCUCAGGACAGUCGUCAGAUGAUCAGAUGAUCAGUCCAUUGAUCCAUAGGAGUAUUAAUCUGGUCAUGUGAUCUACCUCAGUUGACAUUAGUCUUCAAAUGUUUCUCUGAGGAUCAUAAACUCAGCUUCACCAAAUGCUUGUGUAACUUUUCACGUAUCCCAUGUUUCUUUUGUAUUUUUAUGAGUAUUAUUACUUGUGUUUCACAAAUGAAUUGCAACAACCUUUAUUAGUGCCUUGACAAUAUUAUUAUUGGACAGAUGAACAGGUUCCAAACAAUGGAUUUCAUUCGUUUCAGUAGAAAACAAAAUUAAUAUUUCACAGGGCAAAGCUUGAUCUUUUCUGACACUCAGUAGUGAUAGGCGUAUGUUAACUUCAGUGGUUUAUUCAAUUCUCUUUGGUUUGAAAACAUUUCCAUGUUUUUGGGCAAAAUUAUCUCUUUUUUACUUUUUGUACAUGGUCUUUUUUGUAUAUAUAUUUUUUUAUUUAUACUGUUCAUGUAAAUCAUUGUUGCACACCAAACCAGAAAAGGCUCUGCUUCAUGUAACCUCAUAUUUUGCAGUAUAAAUAUGGACUGGUUUUGAUGAGAGCUGCAGUGAUUUACUCAGGGUAAUACUACAUGUAAAAUAACUUGUAAAGUUUCUCCAGGCCUCAGCUAAACACCAAAUAUACUGACUUCAGUUCUUGAAAACUUAGUGUCCAUCUAUUUGUGAUUGUAAUAUUUAAAAAAAUACAUUUACCGAAUAAGUACCAAAGGAAAUAUGGUUGCACUUUAUUUUAUAGUAUGUGCACUUACAGUGUUAUUGUAAUGACUACACCGAGUUCAAGUAUCUACAUGACUGAACAGGACUGUAAAAUAAAGUGCUACCAAAAAUAGUUUAAUAAACUUUUAGUCUUAUGAAAACAUUUCUCUGUGUAUAAUCUCAAUGCAGAUGGUUGAAUAUAUAUGUUAUGAUUCUACAGUUUCAUUUUAGUCACCUUGAUCUGAUAACUUGCAUGAUUAUAGCUUGUUAUAUUUUGUUGUAUGUACAGCAACUCGGUAUAAAUAAAUAUGACAAUAAAGAAAACAUUUAUUAAUUUUAUUAAUUAAAUGUUUGUAUUGUUAUUAAAGGUUUUCAGAAAAUUA